UACACCAGAUGUAGAUGUGACUUUUUUGUUUGUUUUUUAGAAGACAAUGCAAAGCAUAACGGAGGAUUCACUCAUCAAGCGCUCCAAGGGUUUAUACAGAUCAGGAUAAGAGAAGAAGAAGGUCACCAGCAUCAGGUCGCUCCCAGUCUUUUGUGGAGGAGUAUCGGGUGUUUUUGGCUCUACUUCCCUUGCCAGAGUGCUGACAACAGGAGAUCGUGGAGCCUGAAGUAUCAUCCUGCAGUUCCACACAUGGACAACCGGAGGUAUCUCCCUCAGGCAGGGGUUGACAAGUCCAAACUCUCCACCUCAGCCAUCCAACCAGAGCAUAACAGUGAGGUUAGACCAGUCAGAAGAGAACCAGGUGACUCAGUGAUCACUACAAGAGUCAGGAUGGAAGAGCACUCAGAUGUUCCCUGCAAGGUGCCUCGCUUCCAGUAUGUUGACUUCCCCUCACUACACCAGUGCAUCAAGCAGCUAUCUGUGCCACCACUGGAGGGCUGGCUAGCCUCAUGCCCACUUGGAAAGGUGCCAGCACACCGUCCCAGCAGCCCAAAGGAGAAGGUGCCCAAGUUUAAAUAUGUGGACUACCCAUCACUCUACCACUGCAUCCAGCAACUGUCUGUGCCUCCACUGGAGAUCUGGAGCUCAAAGCUUAGAAAGCCCAGCCCAGGUGGGUUACAGACGGACACAGUAGGGGUACAGUGUCCCUCUCAGGUGCUUGGAGGUAGAAGGAAAAAUGAAGAGAUGCAGGAAAAUAGAGCAGAACCACAAAGUAAGGAAAAGAGGCGGAGUGGGAGCACAGUCCAUGUCCCAGUUCCAGAGCCGGCAGUCCUGCAGCACAUGAAAGAUACAAAACCAGGUUCGGCCUCAGAGAAGGAAGAGAAUUCCCAAGGAGAUUCCAACAUGCACCAAAAGCACUCUGGUUUUAGCUCAAAUUGUGUUUCUAGAUCUGAGGCAGGUUCUAGACCAGAACUGGAUAGAGCUGUAAAAGGGAAUGAGAAAAGUCUCAGGCCGUCUGUUAUCAGCCUGGUGCGUACAGAAAGACAAAAACACAGGGUGGACCUAGAGGAGCGACCAGAGCGGUGGAAAUCUCCAGCUCCCAUAACACAGGUGGAGCAGCCGAUAGAUCUAGAGUUGGUCUGUCCCCUCGGCCGGCAGAUAUUUACAGAUCCAGUGGAGCACAAAACUCACCAGUGCAGACACAAAGACAAGGGACCACACUGAGGGCCUGACUUCAAGAUGGCCAUCUUUCAAACUCUUCCAAGAUAUCAUCAGUUGCCUGUUGUGACAGUUUGGCCUUGACCUAUCAUCUUGUUCAACUUCUACAGGAUGCUUGUAAUUGGCAAGGCCUUCUCAACGAAGAUCAGUCACAACCUAGAGGUUAUUGACAGUGUGUUAAGCCUGAGGGAGAUCAAAAAAUAACAGAAACACACCCUUUAGAGUUUUGCCUUCCAAAAUGCAAGUGAAAGCUAAAAAUGAAAGGUAUUACAAGCCAAACUGUCUAUAAGUGGAUAUUCAGACAAGCACACACAUACCCAUAUGCAUUAUUGGUAAUAUCAUCAGUCUAGUGGUGCUAAAUAAACGCUACUGGAAUUUUGAAUAUAUGUAUACUUCUGUAGACUUUGAAAGAAGUGAUAUUAUGUCCAGUUGUUUUUAUCUAAAACUACCAAACCUUAAGUGCUGAAAAAUUUCAGGCAUAUUACUAUUUGCUGUCCUAAAUGAGUAAAGACCAACUGAUAUAACACUGUUAGCCUAUGAGGAGAACAUCCAUCCAUCCAUUUUCUGUACCGCUUAUCCUACACAGGGUCGUGGGGAGCCUGGAGCCUAUCCCAGGGGACUCGGGGUACAAGGAGGGGGACACCCUGGAUGGGGUGGUGAGAACAUAUCUGGCGAAACUAGCUUUAAGAUCGGACACAGACACCAGAACUUUCUGUUAAUAGGAUUUUGGAGAGAUACUUUACAGACUAGCAAACCUGAAGCUCUGAAUCUGUUGCCUCAAGAAAAGUUGUAGGCACAAAGAUUAUCAUAAAACUGACAAUCUCAGCCUGACGCCAUGUUUCUCUGACCCCCCAACAACAGGAUCCUGCCAUCAAAUGCAGAUUUGAAGUAUGGCAAUAAUGGCCGAAUGAAAAUUCAGGUGUAGGAAACUUGAGAACUGGGUCAAGAACUGAGUGUGAGCAACACUUUGGGCUUUCUCUCCCAAAGAUAAAGUUGAUCCUACCUUUGGGAAACCAGACCCAAAGCAGGAUACAAAUGCAUUUCUAAAGACACCGGGAGUUGACUAUUUACUUCUGGGUGCCUAAAAGAAUGGCAGUUGCUUAUGCUGCAAAAAAUAGUUUGUUAAUCAUUUAAUAACUGUUUUUUUUAUUAAUCUUUGUAUUUCUGAGGUGUUUUUAUGGAAUGUCAGGUAUGAUUGCUAAAAGGUAGAGUUAAGACAUAUAAACUUGUUUUCAAAAUAUUUACUUGUUUUGUGUGCAUUAAAGAUUUUUACUGAUAAAUACUGUGGGA